AUGGAGAUGGAGUCCAAGAUCACUCUCUUCUACGGCACAUUCGUCGACCUACCCCGGGUUGAAUACGGCUGGAAACAUGAGCUCUCAAUCAGACAUGGCGCGCUCUGGGUCUCGUCCUCAACCGGCCGGAUUACUGGGUCUGACUGGUCCAUCGCAAACGAGAGCGACUUGCAAUCCCUAAUCAAGAAGAACGGCUGGCACGGCAUCCAGAUCGUCCGAGCGCGCGAGGAGCAGAACGAGUUCUUCUUCCCGGGCUUUAUCGACACACACAUCCACGCCCCGCAGUACCCCAACUCCGGGCUCUUCGGGUCCUCCACGCUCCUCGACUGGCUCGCGACAUACACAUUCCCGCUCGAAAGCGCGCUGUCCGAUACGGCCUUAGCCCACACCACGUAUAACACCGUCAUCUCACGCACCCUUGCCAACGGCACAACCUGCGCCUCAUACUAUGCGACCAUCCACGUGCAGAGCACGAAUCUCCUCGCGAGUCUGUGCCAUAGUCGGGGCCAACGAGCCCUGAUCGGCCGCGUGUGCAUGGAUAACCCCUCCUUCUGCCCAGAAUACUAUCGCGACGAGUCGGCGCAGGACAGUAUAACGAAGUCGCGGGAGACGAUUGCGCAUAUCCACGCCCUGGAAUCGAAUGUCAAGGAGGAAGAACGCCUCGUCAAGCCGAUCCUAACACCCCGGUUUGCGCCGACGUGUUCGACGCAUGCGCUUAGCGAGUUGGGCCGCCUCGCGAAAGAAUAUACACCCCCGCUCCACAUCCAAACGCACAUCUCGGAGAACCUCUCCGAGCUCGACCUUGUGAAGUCCCUUUUCCCCGACCAUCCUUCUUACGCCGCCGUCUACGACGCAUGUGCCCUCUUAACACCGCGAACGAUCCUCGCGCACGCGGUACACCUCACCCCCUCCGAGAAAAAACUCAUCGCAUCGCGGAAGACGAAAAUCUCACACUGCCCGAGCUCGAAUUCCGCUCUGGGCUCCGGCCUCGCGCCGAUCUGCGAUCUGCUUGAUAGAGGCAUCACCGUUGGGCUGGGAACGGACGUGAGCGGCGGGUAUAGCCCCAGUAUCCUGGAGGCCGUGCGCCAGGCGUGCCUUGUUAGCCGGUUACUGCGGCAUACGAAGCGCCCGGCGAAGGCGUCGUCCGAGGAGAGUACGGCGAUUGCGGGGCCGAAGCCGGGGUCUGAUGAUACUGAGGGGGAAAUGGACGGGAGUGAGGUUCUCUCCGUCGAGGAGGCGCUAUACCUUGCUACGCGCGGCGGGGCAGCGGUUGUUGAUUUGCCUAACGACUUAGGCGGGUUUGAGGACGGGAUGUUCUGGGAUGUGCAGCUUAUCCGGCUUGGCCCUGGUAUUCCGUCUGAGAGUGACUGGGCUAAAGAUGGCGCUAGGGCUGUUGACUCUAGCUCUGACUCCGCAGUUGAUAUCUUCGGCUGGGAGACUUGGAGCGAGAAGGUGCACAAGUGGGUGUGGACCGGGAAUGAUCGGAAUGUGAGGCGGGUUUGGGUACGGGGUGUGCUUGUGCAUGAGCUUGAUGAUGGCUGUACUGGUGAGAGGAGUUUGUUUGGAUUGCGCUCCGUGCAGGAUCUGGCGAGGUGGACUGUUGGCGCUUUGGGUGUUGCGGCGUUGGGGUUGAUUCUGGGGAAGCGAUUCCUGUGCGAGUGA